CAUACAAACCCUCAGCUUCAUUCUUACCUUCCGUUCCUCAACAACUGGCAGCGAUUCCCACUUUUUCCAUUUAUAAGCUAAACCCCCUUCACUCUUAACACCCUUAUUUUCUUUCUUCUAUUCUCUACAACUCAACAAAACGUUGUUCAGUGACCAAAAACAACACCACCAUGACCUCCAUUUUGCAUAACCGUCCAAAUGACGCAAUUAUCCUUCUCUCCUUCUUUCUCUUUCACCUGCUUCUCUUCUUUCCCUUCACCGGAGCACAAUCCGAUAACAACAACCAAAACAACAAUUACUACAACCGUUUCAGCCCUUCCAUGGCGAUCAUAGUUGUAAUCCUCGUCUCCGCACUCUUCCUCAUGGGAUUCUUCUCCAUCUACAUCCGCCACUGCUCCGACUCUCCUUCCGCCAGCAUCCGCCACCUUGUCGCCACCGGCAGAUCCCGCCGUGGUCACCGAGGUCUCGACCCUGCCGUCAUCGACUCGUUCCCAACCUUAGAGUACUCAGUCGUAAAAAUCCACAAGAUUGGAAAGGGAGCACUCGAAUGCGCAGUGUGCCUCAACGAGUUUGAAGACACUGAAACGCUGCGUUUGAUUCCCAAAUGCGACCACGUGUUCCACCCUGAGUGUAUCGACGAGUGGCUCGAGUCUCACACCACGUGUCCGGUUUGCAGAGCCGACCUCCUCCCACAACCGGGAGACUCCGUACGCGGCGCCGCCGCCGUCGUGAUUCCGGAGUUGGCAAACGACGAGUUGUCCUCGCCGCGCAAUUUGGAAUCGCGGAACCAAAGCGACGUCGUAGUUGCUGUGGAGCAAGAAAGUGAGAAUCUGGAGAGUAAUAAGAAUGAAAGGGUAAGUGUUGAUGAACGGGAAGUAUUGUGUUUGAAUAUGAACCAGGCGUUGAAUUUGAACCGCACCAGGGGUUCCCGGUCGGGGAGGCCGAGGAGGUUUCCGAGAUCACAUUCGACCGGGCACUCGCUGCCGAGAGAAGGGAGCUCAAAGAGGGGUUACCGAACUGGGGGCGGAGAAGGAAGUAGUAGGGGCUGGUCUACAAGGCGGUUAGACCGGGUUUUUAAGUCGGACCGGUGGAUUUUCACUAUGGCGCCACCGUUUCUCGUUAGGGCGUCGUCAAUUAAGUCACCACGGGUGGCUAAUAGCGCCGGCGGCGGAAGUUCAUCGGCUGCUCCAGCAGCUGCACCACCAGUUCUGACUGCACCAACAGCAACAUCAGAAAUAGACCAUCUACCGGUUUAACUGAGCUUUCUAUGAACCCAACUUAAAUGGUUCUUUUGUAUUUAUUCUUUUGUUUGUUUUUUUUUUUAUAAUUAU